CACAGCCUGGUGAGUUUAUGGCUCCCUCGUGUCAUGAGAGUGUGAAGUCCAGAGCACUUUGAUCCACAGAUACAGGCUCCACUCCUCCAGCUUUGACGUGGAGAUACUCAAGACUCACAGGCUGCUCCUCCACCAUCAGAGUAUGAGGCGCAGCAGCUGCAGAUUCCUUCAAUUUUUACUUUUUUGACUCACUGGGGGAUUUUACCCAGGGUUUUUGAAAGAGGAGCAACUUCAAAUGGACAAAUCAUUAUGACCACAUCUGCACAGCUGUGUGUGAUGGCAUGUUUUAUUGUGACUGUAGGCUUGACUUUGGGUUUUAGGCCAAAACAGCACAUGGAGUUCACGUUUAUAUUACCUGCUGCCAGCACUGAGUGUUUUUACCAAACGACCAGCAGAAACAGCAGCAUGGAAAUUGAGUAUCAGGUGAUAGCAGGAUCAGGUCUACAUGUCGGCUUUGCCCUGAUCUCACCUACUGGACACCGGGUGAUCUCUGAAUUUAGGAACUCAGACGGUAUUCACACGGUGGAUGCUGCAGAGGACGGAGACUACAGAUUGUGCUUUGACAACAGCUUCAGUAAACUAUCGGAGAAGAUGGUGUUUUUUGAGGUCAUUAUAAACAGCCGGAGCCACGUGGGAGGAGACGGAGACGAGUGGGUCAACACCGUUGUUUCAGAUAGUGUGGUGGAGUACAAACUGGAAGAAAUCAGGACCAGAAUGGACACGGUGUACUGGCACCUGGAGAAGAGUCAUCAAGUCCAAACUGUCCUGCGGGCCUUUGAGGCUAGGGACCGCUACCUGCUGGAGGACAACCUGUGGAGUGUGUCCUUUUGGUCCUGCAUUAACCUGAUGGUCAUGCUCACAGUAGCAGUCACUCAAAUUUACACCCUGAGACGCCUGUUUGACCACACCAAGCGGGUCUGCACGUAGCAGAAUGAGCUGAACCUUAAGGGCUGCAACCACAGAUUAGAUUCAGUCUGCUCAGAAAUAAAACAUCUCCACGCGUUGCACAAGAGAGAAGAUGCUCAAAGUCUUGUAUGUUUCAUUUUAGCAUCACACCAUGGCAUACAUUUUGUACACUCAAACACAGACCAGUCUUCUAAAUGCACACAAAUUCAACCGUAGAAUAGCUGAAGCACAUUUUGAUUUUUAUUUAGAAAACCACACCUCUUCUUACUCGAGUUGUUUUUAUUAGGCUCCUAGUACAGAAGUCUAGGCUAGAGUAGAUCAAACAGCGGCCAAACUAAACCACCAAACCCUCACCUGAACAAGUAGGUAGAAACGGGCGUGAAUCUAAAUCCCAUCAUAAUUAAGAUACAGAAUACAUUCAAACAGUUAUAAAAACAAUGUCCCUGAUCAAGUUUAAGGUUGUUUUAAAGCGACAAGUUCUUGGCUCUGAAGCAUCGAGGUCAUUAGGUCAGAUGUCUCCUUCCUGGUGCCCGUCGUCUCCCACUUUGAUCCACUGGGUUUUCUUCUAAGUGAAACCUUCUCCAAGCACCACACUCCAUCGCUUUUGUCUCUUCACCAUCCCAAAUAAAAGCUAAAAAGACUUA